GUAACUGAGAAAUUAAGAGGGUAGAUUCUGUCCUGUCAAAGGCAUCAACAUGAGUCAUCAUACUUGGAAUUUUUAUCACCAAAAACAAGAACAAGUAGUAGAAAAAGAAGAAGAGGAGAACAGAUAUCCUCGCGGCCACGUGCAUAAUCAGCAGAAUCAGUUUCAAGUUGACCCCAAUCCCAUGUCCAAUAAGUCUGAAGUUGCAGAGUUAACAUGGGAAAAUGGGCAAGUAGCCAUGCAUAGACUUGGAAGCAACCUCCCCAAUGAGCAAACAAAACACACAUGGGAAAAGGCUGGUGACACACUAGAAUCAAUUGUGCAUCAAGCCACUUUCCAAAAACACAAUCAUAGUAAUAUAAUGGGAAGUGAUGGCCAAAAUCAGGCAAACAUCAACAGGGACAAAAAUGCAUUUUAUGGUUGUCAACAAACAAGAGGUGUACUAAAGAGGAUGAGAUCAUCAGAUUCUGACCCUCAAUUAUAUGGUGGUGGAAUAACAGUAGAACUUAGCGCUCACGCAAGUGCUAAGGACAAUGAUAUCCCCAUGGUAACAUGGCCUUGUAAUGAGGAUUCUGCCUUCCAUGGUGGCUCGGAAAACAAGGAGGAAGAACCUGAAACAAAAAGCUCCAACCUGUCAAAACGCAGUCGAAGAGCUGCUGUUCAUAACCAGUCAGAGAGGAGACGCCGUGAUAGAAUCAACGAAAAGAUGAAAGCUCUACAGAAGUUUGUGCCAAAUGCAAGUAAGACAGAUAAAGCAUCAAUGCUGGAGGAAGUGAUAAAGUACUUAAAGCAGCUUCAAGCACAAGUUCAAUUGAUAAGCAAUGCUAGAAAUAUGGAGCAGCAAAUGAUGAUGAUGUCUCUCGGAAUGCAAUCACAUAUUCAAAUGCCUUUACUAGCAGGAAUGGGCAUGUGUAGUACUGCAGGAAUGCUUAACAAUAUGACUGCUAAUUUAGCUCGAGCUCCUUAUCCGUCUCCCCUCAUUUAUCCAACCUCUUCAUCAAUUCCCACUCUUUGUCCUCCCUUCAUGUCACCAGACUUCGCCAUGGCAUCAUCAAUUCCUACUCCAUCACAACCUAACCGCGAUUCCAUCAGCCCCACAAUCACCAAAUCUGCAGCUGCCCCCAAUAUUGCAACCAAUUCAUUCCCUUUUAACCACCCCUAUAAUGCAUUUCUACCUCAAUCAAUGAAGAUGGAGUUCAAUAAUGAGAUGGCAGCCCAAUAUCUGCAGCAGGCCAAUCAAGAAAAUGUCAAUAUCCAAGGGCAAAAAGAAUGAUCGAUCUGAAUAUAUAUUUAUAUACUCACAUUUUUCUUACUACAUUUGAUGCAUUUUAGUGUUUCACAUAUAUAGUACGGUAUAUAAAUUGCGGUGUAUAUCGUCUAGGUUUAAUUUAAUGUGCAAUAAUCUAGCAUAUCUAACUGCUUUUUCUUUCUUGUAGUAGACAAGUUUACUUGAGCAAUAUGUAUGUUAAG